AUGUUUGCAGACGAAAGAGAAGAUACGCUUAGAGAAGUAGCUGCCUGUGGAAAUAUUAAAGCAGUACUUCACUUUGCUCAUGCAGGUGUUAACUUGAACUCUCAGAAUAAAGUGAACGGAUGGACAGCGUUACAUUGGGCAGCUCACCGCGGUCAUGAACAUGUCAUCACUGCCUUACUCAAAAGUGGAGCUGAUCCUCUAAUAAAGACACAUAAGGGACAAACUGCUCUAGAUUUGGCAGUUAAGCAUGAAGCUUGUGUGGCUCUCUUGAAAGAGGCUAUGGGCGAACAAGCUCAAACAAACGUUGGACCUGAACCUGAGCUGCCUAUCGUUCCAACUUAUUUGAAAAAUCCAGACUUGGAAAAGACGUGGCUAUUGCCUGAUGAAUUUACGGAAAAUAAAGUCGAGAAUAUAGUGAGGAAACAAAAGGCAAAGGACAUGUUGAACACACCAACCGUGAUAGCAGAAGAAAAGAAAGAAGAUAAAAAUGAAGACGAAAAGGAAAUCUUGGUUUAUUUAUCUGCACGUAAAGAUGAUAGUUUACUUGGUUCAGUCUACUUGAAAGAUCAAUCGAUUGAAUCAGCCUUGGAAAUCAUUAAACAGGAAAUCGAUGGAUUACCCGAUAAGUUUGGACUUGUUCGACAUAAUGGAAAAGUCAGUAUUCCAAUUAACCCCAAGCAGAUGAACAAGAGGUUGUUUGAAUUAUUUAGAGCAGAGGAAGAUGCGUUGAUCAUUGUACAAUUAGGGUAA